AAUUCAUGGAUAGCGAAUGGCUCGUAUACGUGAAAUUCGUCGAUGGUAUUAUAAACGUAUAUAAUAUGUUGGGUUUCAUAACCUCGCACAUUUUUCGCUUAACUUUACUUCGCGAAUUUGAUGUAGAAAAGCUGAUGUAAUCGUCGAUAAUGCAUAUUUGGUCCUGAGUUGAUUGCUUUUCUGUAACGACUUUGAGAAGAGCCGAAAAAAUGAGCACAAUGACUGAACAGCCGUGUUAUACUUUGAUAAACAUUGCAACCGACACGGAACCCUUGAACGAGCUCCAAUUAAAGCAGGAUCUUGAAAAGGGUGAUGUUCCGACAAAGAUCGAAGCUCUGAAGAAGACAAUUUACAUGAUCUUGGGUGGUGAGAGAUUACCUGGACUGUUGAUGACAAUUAUCAGGUUCGUUUUGCCUCAUCAAGAUCAUACCAUCAAAAAACUGCUGUUGAUAUUUUGGGAGAUUGUGCCAAAGACAUCUGCCGAUGGCAAGCUUCUGCAGGAGAUGAUUUUGGUUUGCGAUGCAUACAGAAAGGAUUUGCAGCAUCCAAAUGAGUUUGUCAGAGGAUCCACUCUCAGAUUCUUAUGCAAAUUGAAGGAACCAGAACUUUUGGAGCCAUUGAUGCCGGCAAUAACAGCAUGUUUAGAGCACAGACACUCUUAUGUUAGGCGUAAUGCGGUACUUGCUAUCUUCACCAUUUACAGAAAUUUUGAAUUUCUUAUACCUGAUGCUCCAGAAUUGAUAGCUAAAUAUCUGGAAGGAGAACAAGAUAUGUCGUGCAGAAGAAACGCAUUUCUGAUGCUACUGCAUGCUGAUCAAAGUAGAGCACUUGCUUACUUGGCAGCAUGUCUCGAUCAAGUACCCAGUUUCGGUGAUAUUUUACAGUUGGUUAUUGUUGAAUUGAUAUACAAGGUUUGCCUCGCAAAUCCGUCAGAAAGGGCGCGUUUCAUCAGAUGUAUCUACAGUCUGCUGAAUUCACCCAGUGCUGCAGUGCGUUACGAAGCAGCAGGCACGCUAGUAACUCUUUCCAGCGCGCCAACCGCAAUCAAAGCCGCGGCUUCUUGCUAUAUUGAGCUGGUGGUCAAAGAAAGUGACAACAAUGUUAAACUCAUCGUACUUGACCGACUAAUCGCGAUGAAAGACAGUCCUGCUUACGAAAGGGUGCUGCAAGAUCUCGUGAUGGAUGUACUUCGCGUUUUAGGAUCACCAGCCUUGGAAGUCAGAACAAAAACCUUGGCUUUAGCCAUGGAUCUGGUGACAACUCGCACGAUUGAGGAGAUGGUACAGCUCUUGAAGAAGGAGGUUCUCAGGACAGCCGGCGGGGAACACGAAGACGCCGGCAGAUAUCGUCAGCUCUUGGUGCGAACCCUUCACGCUUGUUCCAUGAAGUUCUCAGAUGUUGCUGCCACUGUUAUCCCAGUGCUGACAGAUUUCCUCUCGGAGAGUAACGAAGCUGCCGCUACAGACGUUCUCGUGUUUGUUCGCGAGGCGAUUCAGAGAUUCGAAAACCUCAGACCACUGAUUGUCGAGAAACUUCUAGAGGUGUUCUCUCACAUACGUUCCGUGAAGGUGCACAGAGCUGCACUUUGGAUUCUCGGCGAGUAUGCUACGUCUAAAGAAGAUAUAGAGGCUGUAAUGGGUCGUGUACGCUCUGCUUUAGGCGAAUUGCCGUUACUCGAGGCGGAGAACAAGCGUCAAGCCGGCGAGAAGUCCACCGAGGAUAACUCGCAAGCAGCGCCCGCGCAGUUGGUUACGUCUGACGGAACGUACGCUACUCAGAGUGCUUUCAGCGCUACAUCCGCACGGAAGAAGGAAGAGAAGCGACCAGCAUUGGUACAGUAUAUGAUGGAGGGUGACUUCUUUAUCGGCGCGUCUUUGGCCACUACUCUGGCGAAAUUGGCUCUCCGUUACAAAACGCUAGAGAAUAAUAUUCAAAAGAGUAACCGACUGCAGGCGGAAGCGAUGUUCGUGAUGUCCAGCGUGUUGCAGCUGGGCCGUUCAGGUCUUCCUAUAAAAGCGAUGACGCACGACGACGCAGAAAGGAUUUCCUUAUGCCUUAGAUCUCUCGCCUGCCCAACACCUCUCGUACAAAAGGUCUUCACAGAAGGAUGCCGCGACGCUCUUAGCAGAAUGUUGGCGGCGAAAGCAGAGGAAGAUUCACAAAAUCAAAAGGCUAAGGAGAAGCCAGGCAAUAUCGUGCAAGUCGACGACGCGAUACAGUUCUUGCAACUGAGCCGCGGCUCUGAUUUGGCCGGUGGUGCCGGCGAUGUGUUCGAACAGAGUCUCAGCGCGGCUGUGGCUGGUCGACCUGGCGCUACCGGAGAUGCUCCAGCUCCGAGCGCUUUGAGCAAGGUGACCCAGCUCACCGGCUUCUCAGACCCAGUGUACGCGGAAGCGCUGGUGCACGUGAAUCAGUAUGACAUCGUGCUUGACGUUCUGAUAGUUAAUCAAACCGAGGACACUUUGCAAAAUUGCACUUUAGAAUUGGCCACUAUGGGCGACUUGAAGCUGGUGGAGAGACCGCAGCCCAUCGUGCUCGCGCCGAGGGACUUCGCCACCAUCAAGGCGAACGUGAAAGUCGCGUCCACAGAGAACGGCAUUAUAUUUGGGAAUAUCGUUUAUGACGUGUCGGGUGCAGGCUCCGACAGAAGCGUAGUCGUUCUCAAUGAUAUACACAUCGACAUUAUGGACUACAUAGUGCCCGCGACGUGCACUGACGCGGAAUUUCGUCAGAUGUGGGCAGAAUUUGAAUGGGAGAACAAAGUUUCGGUUUACACAACAUUAUCCGACCUGAGAGAGUACCUCGCGCACUUGUUGAAGUCUACGAAUAUGCGUUGCCUCACGCCGGAGAAGGCUCUGUCGGGACAAUGCGGAUUUAUGGCAGCGAAUAUGUAUGCCAAGUCGAUUUUCGGCGAGGAUGCUUUGGCGAAUCUGUCUAUUGAAAAACCGCUGAACAAGCCGGACGCUCCAGUGGUCGGUCAUAUUCGCAUCAGAGCCAAGAGCCAAGGUAUGGCACUGUCGCUGGGCGACAAGAUCAAUUCGGCACAGAAAGGUCCGCAGAAUAAAGUAGUGCAAGCCGCCUGAGUCAUGUCAUCUUGAUCAAAGCGCACCCUGCACAAUAUCCAAAUUACUCGAGGCACGAUUGACACCCUCGCGGGAUUUACGAUACUUCGGAGGCAAUUACUAAAAGGAUUUCAUACGUCAGUGUCAUUUGAGCUACGCGAUCUAGACAACGUAGACGUCCUAAUCCUCGGGGAAUCUAUGUAUUAUUUGGCAGUCGAACUGUUAUACCGUAUUUGCUCGUAUCACAAUGAUGAAAGACGUGUUUAUUAUAAUUUAUGUCAUGUUUAAUUACAUACUACACAUUUUCGCUCCUCCUCUUUCCCGAUGACGCUAUUCUCAUAAUCACACAAUCGAUACACUGUAAGGUAAGGUACGCUACAUCGGUAGAGUACGAUGCAUCUGUAGACGAGGAAAUAAAUAUAUACGAUUCUUUGUCUAUAUAAGCCUCGUUCGUUUCUUUUUAGGUAUGAUUACAUUAGAACGCAGUGUCUUUGUAUCGUUCUGAAUAAAAUAGUUUCCAACUGGA